AUGUCAGUGAAUCAGCAAGAUCUAGAUCCAGACAGUACUACAGACAUGGAAGAUGUUACAAAUGCUGAAGAAGAACUUAUUAAAGAAUGUGAAGAAAUGUGGAAAGAUAUGGAAGAAUGUCAGAAAAAAUUAUCACUUGUUGGAACUGAGACACUCACUGAUUCAAAUGCUCAGCUGUCAUUAUUAAUUAUGCAAGCGAAAUGUUUGACUGCUGAACUCAAUCAAUGGCAGAAAGAAAGUCCUGGAAUAAUUCCACUGAAUGAAGAAGUUCUUGUAACAUUAGGCAAAGAAGAGUUCCAAAAAUUGAGACAUGAUCUUGAAUUGGUGCUCUCUACUAUUCAGUCAAAGAAUGAAAAGCUAAAGGAAGACUUGGAAAGGGAGCAACAGUGGUUGGAUGAACAACAACAGAUACUGCAAUCUCUUAAUGUACUACACAAUGAAUUGAAACAUCAGGUUGUGACAUUUUCUGAAUCAAGAAUCUUUGAUGAGCUGAAAACUAAAAUGCAUGAUAUAAAAGAAUAUAAGGAGAAACUCUUGAUUACCUUGGGUGAGUUUCUGGAAGAUCAUUUUCCUCUGCCUGAUAGAAAUGUGAAAAAGAAAAAGAAAAAGAAAAACAUUCAAGAAUCAACUGCACAGCUGAUAACACUGCAUGAAAUGUUAGAGAUUCUUUUAAAUAGAUUAUUUGAUGUUCCACAUGAUCCAUAUGUCAAAAUUAGUGAUUCUUUUUGGCCACCUUAUAUUGAGCUGCUCCUUCGUAAUGGAAUUGCCUUGAGACAUCCAGAAGAUCCAACCCGAAUACGAUUAGAAGCCUUCCAUCAGUAAAAGGAUGGUCUCUUUUUUUCACACAGUACUUAAUGAAUCUUGUCAUUCAAGGAUAAUAGAAACACUGAGGAUUUACUUGGAUAAAGAACGUUAUUUGCAAAUCAAAGUACAUAGUCCCUCUUCCUUUUAUCCAUAAAAUGACCUGUGCCAUCUACUAUUCAUUUAUAAAUGGUUCUUUCAAUUCAUUCAGUGCUUUGGUGUGUUCAACUGGAUGGAAAAGAAUGCAAGUAAAAAUAUUCUAGACUUAAUCAUUAUAAAAGUUUUGAUAUACCUU